UUUGGUAAUAAAAUCGACAAAUCAAAUAAGAACGGAAAUUCAAUUUUCCAUGCCAUAGUGAGAAGAAACUUUGAUUCUUUGAACCGUCCGUGUUUUUAGUUCAUCGGAGAAGGUAGCUUCAGAAAUUUGAGGCGUUUUUUUGCUUCCAAUUCCAAGGAUUUUGAGCGGACCCUCAAAGUUCUUUGUUUGCUCGCGAAGAAACCGGGAAAGUUCCACGCUGUUGCUCGUCUUUGACUACUGGUGGCUGGGAUCAUCUUCAUUUUCAUUUUCAUCGGUUCCCUUCAAUACAAAAAGAAUCGAAUGGCCGCUGGUGCGGCUGGUAAACGGGUGGGGCAAUUGGUAGCCAAUUCAGCUUUUCGAAGUUUGGGAGCUUCGAAGGUGUCUUCGUUCGAAAGCGCAAUCUCCGACCAUUCUGCAAAUAAUUUAUCGGCAUCCAUCUCUUUGAUUUCUCGGUACAGACACUGUGAAUUUAGGCAGAUCUCUCACCUUUCAAAAUCCAACGGAAAGCGUUUAUUUCUAGUCGACACGUUAGCCCUAGUUAGGAAAUUGGAGGGUCAAGGGGUGCCCUCAAAUCAAGCUGAAGCAAUAACAGAUGCCAUUACCGAAGUGUUAAAUGAUAGCUUGGAAAAUGUAUCUCAUUCAUUUGUUUCAAAGGGGGAGAUGCAGAAAAUUGAAAUGAUCCAGGAGGCCAAUUUGUCGAAAUUCAAAUCUGAAGUUCAAAGCUCACAGGGGAACCAUUUUUCGUUAUUGGGACACGAGACUGAAAAACUCCGAAAUGAUAUUGACAAGAUGCGCAAUGAGUUGAGGUAUGAAAUCGACAAAGUCACAGCUGGACAGCGAUUGGAUUUGAAUCUUGAGAGAGGGAGGAUACGGGAUGAGCUAGCUAAUCAGAAUGCUGAAACAAACAACCUAACUAAUAAACUUGAUCGGGAAAUUCAUGCUCUGAGAGCACAAGUGGAAGCUGCGAAAUACGAUGUAAUAAAAUACUGCAUCGGUACCCUUGUUUCCAUAUCUGCUGUGGGUCUGGCUGUGAUCCGCAUCUUGAUGUGAACAACAAGGUGAUGCUCAUGAAGAUCUUACAGGGAUUUAUCAGGACCAUUUAUUUAUAUUCUUAGAAUUCCUUCAACAACAUGACAUUGUUUCUAUUUUUUCUUUCUUUCUUUAAGCUUCUUCAAGCUCCUUCGUACAUGUCAAUUACCACUCGGUCGAUGAUAAACAUUCUUCCGAUGUUCAAGAUUUUCUUGUGCAUA